AUGGCAGUUGGAACCACGACCAGUGUAAAGCACAACGUGCAGACAAACGAGACGGAAGGCGAGUCUCAAGGUCACCACAGUGACGACCGUGGUCAAAAGACGGAAGGCGACCCGCGAGGUUACCACGGUGAGAGUCGUGUCCAGAUUGACAGUCAACUCUCCUCGCUCAAUGGCAACGACGAGUCGGAAGCUUCACGCAAUAAGAACCAGGAGGUGACUGAGUCUGGAACGAAUGGUGAAGAUAUGGCGUCUAGACAACGAACGAGUCACGACGAUAGUGAGCAAAAGGAACCAGCGAUCAAGUCGGCGACGUCAUCGACAGUCGUUUGUGGCGGUGGCUGCGUUGCUGCCACUCAGCGUGCUGCUGCUGGAAAAUGUCCCGCCUGUGAGUGUCCUGCCGAUGGGUGCCCCUGCACCAAGUGUGGCUGUCCUCUUUGCGGUCCAACCCAAACUGCUUCAACCCCGUUGCCCUGUCGUGGCGGCGAUGCAGCUCGCGACCGUGCAAUUGCCGGCAAUUGUCCUGCUUGCGGCUGUCCAACAGGCAACUGUCCGUGCACGAACUGCAUCUGUCCAGCCUGCUAG